AUGAGUGAGAAGAAAAUUAAGGAAAGGGUUAAGAAGCGGGAGCGCAUUAUCGCUUCAUUAAAGCGACACGUUCAAUUUCUGGAUAAUUUCGAUCCAAGUAUUCACAUGGGGGAAGUUCAGUCAAGACUGGACAAAAUAGAGGCAAAAUUUGGCGAAUUCGAAGAAAUUCAGGACGAUAUCGCUGAGCUGGAUGAAAAGGACGUUUAUGAAGAGGACUGUAACGAAUCAUAUACGGAAUUCGAGAAGCUGUACUACGGACUAAGGGCAGCCCUGCUGGAGAAGUUACCACGAGAAACGGAGGUUCCAGAUUUGAACAACACUAUCGUUAGAAACAAUCACGCUGUAGGAGCACACGCUGGAGUACGACUGCCGCAGAUUUCAUUACCGGAGUUCAACGGUGACUAUAAAGGGUGGUUGUCUUUUAAAUCAACAUUCGUGUCACUAAUUCGUGAGUCGGAGGACCUUAAUGAAGUUCAGAAGUUCCACUAUCUCAAGUCAGCACUAAAAGGGGAAGCGGCCAAACUCAUCGAGUCGCUCGCAUUAACAAACGAUAAUUAUGCGAUUGCGUGGAAUACGAUCGCGAAGCGGUAUUCUAAUGAGUACCUCCUGAAGAAAAGACAUUUGCAGGCGCUCAUGGAGUACCCAAAGGUGGAGAAGGAGUCAUCAUCAGCGAUUCAUACUCUGGUCGACGAAUUUGAACAAAGGUUAAAGAUUCUGGAUCAGCUAGGGGAGAAGACUGAACAUUGGGGUGCAAUGAUAGUGCACUGGAUGUGCUCCAAAUUGGAUGUGAAAACGCUUCAGCUGUGGGAGGAUCAUGCGGCUUCAACGAAGGACCCGACAUUCACGAUUUUGGUGACUUUUCUGGAGAAGCAGACAAGGGUGUUGGAAGCUGUUUCCUCGAACGUCGAGGUGAAAGGCAAUUUGUUACAGAAGCUGGAAGUUAGACGUCCAAGGGUCGUAGUUCAUUCCGCUACCGACAAUGACAAGAAAGGUUUAGUCUGCUGUUGUUGUGGGGAUUCGCAUAUACUAGGACGAUGUAGCAAAUUCAAGGCGAAGUUACAGUUCGUGAACAGUGACGGAUUUUCUUCGAACAAUGGCGGUAUCGGAAAUAAUAACAAACCGGUUGGCAAAUGGGAAAAUAAACAUAACGACAAGACGUUAGCAACAAAUUUGGCAACUAACGAGGUUAAAUCUGAGUACGAGGAAGAAGGAAUUGACGAUCAAGAAGCUGUUGGAUCAUACAACGUAGGAACCAAAGGCGGUAUCAUUUCAAGUGUAUUUUUAUCUACGGUUGUUCUGGUCAUACGGGCCCAAUACGGAGGGAAACAGUUGGCACGAGCAUUGCUUGACAGCGGUUCACAAGCAAACAUUAUGAGCGAACGACUAUGUCAGAUACUUGGCCUGAAGCGACGUACGAUAAACGUACCGAUUAGUCGUAUUUGUCACUCGGAAACACGAGCGAGAUUCUUGGUAACCAGUACUAUCAGUUCAAGAGUACAGGAUUUUUCAAUGAGGAUGGAAUUUCUGGUUCUCCGAAAGGUUACGUCGGAGCUGCCAUCGGCACAUAUACCGGUGGCACAUUGGAAGAUUCCAAAUGGUAUUCAGUUGGCUGAUCCGAAUUUCAACGUUAGUAGUCGGAUCGAUCUUCUCAUUGGAGCAGAGCACUUUUAUCGAAUAUUGUACGAGAAAGAGAUGAAACGGAUGACGUUGGGACCGGAGCUGCCUAUGCUAAUCAAUUCAGCAUUCGGUUGGAUCGUUACAGGAAAGGUUUCUGAUGCGCGAAGUAACGUGGUUGGGAGCGUGGGAGCGGCUUGGUCAAAAGAGGAACAAGAUAGUUCUGCCAUCAAACAUUUAACAACAGUAACAACACACGGGCGACAACGGCAGGGAGCAACGAAUUUACGAUACUUUUUUAGGACAUACCAAAACGAAGAGGACGACGCCGCGCCGUGCAAGACGAAGGAGAAAUAUACGUGGGUGAAAGCGGAAACCGCUUUCCCGCGUAUUGGAAGAUCAAAGCUUGGCUGA